AUGGGUGGCGGAGGAGGAGGCCGGAGGAUCUCUCUUGUUCCUGCUCUUCGUCUGCGGUGGGUGCUCGCAGUGGCGCUGGUAGUGUCGCCGGCGGCGGAGGUGGUGGCGGAGGGGGAGUUGCAGUGCAGGCGGCCGCCGGUGAUCUUCAACUUCGGGGACUCAAACUCCGACACCGGAGGGCUGCAGGCGGGGCUGGGCUACGUGAUCGGCCCCCCCCACGGGCGGCGGUUCCCGGGCGGCGCCACCGGCCGCCUCUGCGACGGCCGCCUGAUCAUCGACUUCCUCUGUCAGUCCCGUCUUCUUCUUCUUGUUCGCCAUCGAAGAACUGAGUGAGUCUCCCUGACUCACCACCUUCUUCUUCUUCUUCGGACUUGGGGCACUGCAGGCGAGAGCUUGAAGAAGAGGUACCUCAGCCCGUACCUGGAGGCGCUGGGCUCAGACUUCGCCGGCGGCGCCAACUUCGCCAUCGGGGGCGCCAGGACCCUCCCGAGGAACGUCCCCUUCUCGCUCUCCAUCCAGGUUCUCCAGUUCCUCCGCUUCCGCUCCCGCUCCCUCGGCCUCCUCUCCAAAGGUACGCCGCCGCCGCCGACGACAACGACGGCGGAGGAUUCUCCGUUCUCCGGCAACGUCUCUUUUAUCCCUGCUUUCCUCCUUUUUUUCAUUACUGAAAGUAGGGAAGAUCAGCUUAAAAGGGUCCAACUGUAUUUAUAUUAAUAUAUUCAUCAUAAAUCUUAUUUAAUAAACAUAUAAAAAAAUGAAAAUGACGACUUUUGUCUCAGUAUAUUAUUUUUCUGAGGCUGCAAUCCGUACAAAAUUGUAUUUUUUAAAAUGAAUAAUAUUUUAACUAUUUUAAAUUCAUAUCAAUCGAUUUUCUUGCUGCAUUGAUGGGAAGAACAUAUAUCAAUCUCGUUCUCUUCUUGAAAAAUGAUAAAAAACAAGUUUAAUCACCUAACAUAUAUAUAUAUAUAUAUAUAGAUAUAUAUAUAUAUAUAUAUAAUCAUGCAUUUUAGUAAUCAACCUGCUCCAAUCCCAUCUUCGAUCACGAUCUUGGGUCGUCUUUAGUUCCUGAUUAUGUGUAGGUGGGGCUCAAAAUCUGAUCGACGAGGAGGGCUUCAAGAACGCGCUCUACAUGCUCGACAUCGGCCAGAACGACCUUUCCUUCUCCUUGUCCUCCGGCCGAACCUCUUCUCCUCCUACGGCGACCGAGCGAAUUCCGGCGAUUCUUGCAGAGAUCAAGAGCGCCAUUACGGUACUCUUCUUCCGCAUGCUCUUCCUCUUCCUCCGCCACCCCCGGCGGCGGCGGCGGCGGGGCCGUGACUGGUUUUUGAAAGCAGACGAUCUACUGGCGAGGAGGAGGGCGGCGCUUCUGGGUGCACGGGACUGGGCCGCUGGGCUGCCUGCCGCAGAAGCUCGUCGCUUACAGUGCCGCUGGCGCGGAGGUCGACGCUGCCGGCUGCCUCGCGGAGCUCAACGCCGCCGCCCGGGCCUUCAACGACGGCCUGAAGCUCCUCUGCGAGGACCUCGCUGGCGAGCUCCCCAACGCCGCCGUCGUCUUCACCGACCUUUACGCCAUCAAGUACGCCCUCAUCGCCGACCACGCCUCCCACGGUGAGUGAAGAGGAGCUGGAGGUAGAAGACGAUCCAUCUCCUCCUGAGCUUCUUCUUCUUCUUCUUGCUCUGUUGGUUGCAGGGUUUGAGAGCCCACUGAAGACCUGCUGCGGCUAUGGCGGGGGGGUCUACAACUACAACCCCAACGUCACUUGCGGGAACCCGGGCAGCCAGGCAUGCCCCGACGGCGGCGCCGCCCGGUUCCUCAGCUGGGACGGCGUCCACUUCUCCGAGGCCGCCAACGCCGCCGCCGCCGCCAUGAUCCUCACCGCCGACUUCUCCAAGCCCCGUCUCAGGCUCGAUAGUUUCUGCUCCCCCUGA